UGUCUCGAGUAGCACCGUCCAUUUUUUUUUCCUUUUUGGUAAAUAGUGGCAGCGUCCUGUUCGAAAUCAGCGAGCUAACCCUAAACACUCUCUCUCUUCUCAGCUGCGUUGCGACGAGAACGACCGCCUCGAUUUUCUCGAACCGGCGAUGAUCGGCAUUGCUGGUAGAGUUCAUUCUUCAAUUUUAUUGUCCUUUGUUUGUGGCACGAAUGAGGGCGAUUUCGUGUUCAAAAUUUUUCUGCAUGGGCGUCGAAUUGUGUAAGAUUGGAUGCAAAACGUACGACAAAUUGAAAUUUUCACCGUGAUCGAGCGCCAUCGGGUCCCAGCUAAUUCUGGUUGAGCUGCUAUCCACCAAUGGUUCAACAAAUGGUAGAUAAUUUUAGUAAGUACAGAAUGCUUAGCAGUGGAAGUGCCGUGCCUGCUGGAGACAAGCAACAUUCAGUCUCAGUAAAAAAAGUGGCUUUAAGGGAGUUGCCAAAUGAAUCCAGGAACAUCAUGAUUAAGCCAACCGGAACCUCUCCGCUUCCUAAAGAAAAAAGACUCAUCCCAGAUUCUGUGAAGGUAGUUGGUACCAAGAGGCCACAGCCUGCUGAUCCAUCAAGUCCCUCCGGUCAUCAGAACCCAGGCAACAUUGGUCCAAAUGGACAUCUUGUGUACGUACGUAGAAAACUUGAAACUGAGCAAGGCAAGAUGAGCACUUUUGUCAGUACGGAUAGUGCUGGUUCUCCUGACUCAAGGAAAUCUGGCAACAAUAGAACAAAAGAACAAAAUGUGCAGCAGUGUCAGACCCAAGAGCCUAAGGCAGCUUCUCUUCCUGUCCCUGUAACAGGGGCAUCUGCAGCUACCUCAUCUGGGGAACAAUUGCUUCCCCAUUGUCCAGGAAAGAUCAUCACUGAGCUGGCAGCACCAGAACCACAUGACUCGAUGGUUACUUCCAUCACACCUGUCCUAGCAGAUCCUGAGAGACUGGGUAAUCAAGAUUGGAAUGAAAGGUUUAAUCGGUUGCAGAUGUUUUUGAACAGCUGUGACCAGUCAAGCCAGGAGGAGUAUGUUCGAAUGCUUCGAUCUUUAUCGGCGGUUGGCCGUAGCAGGCAUGCUGUUGAGUUGGAGAAAAGAGCAAUAUAUCUUUUAUUGGAGGAAGGUAGGGAGUUGCAUCGUAUGAAAGUUUUGAACGUUCUGGGAAAAGCUUUGCCUAGGGAUCAUACAUCAAUCUCCACUCAGACCCCUUCUCCUCCACAGGAGCAGUUUCGGAAAUAGAAGACGGUAGAUACCGUCAAGUCUGCUUUUAAUUAUGGAUGGGGAAGCAAGGAUUUUGUUGCUCUCGGUGGGAACAGGAGACUAGUGCUGUUUUGUAAUUUUUUGGCAUGUGGAAUCAAUUGCCUUCUUCUGGUACAAGUAGCUUCUGUAGCUUUAGUUUAAAUCUGAGAAACUAUGAGAAAUAUAAUUUAACUGCUGAGACCGUACGAUGUCACUAAUUUUGGUAUGAUGCAGUCCGUGUGCAUCAAACUUGUCGCUGAUAUGCAACACCGUGAAUUUUGAUCAGAAGCUUGAUGCUGUCAAAUUCACUUUUCAUGUUACCUAUCGGGGUUUCUUAAGUGUUACACCCCAUUGACAGGUUACUGUAUAUUGCUUAAAAUGCUUGGAUCUAAGUGUUUUACCAGAUUGGCAGGUUAGUGCUUAGUGUUA